CAGAAAAUGAAGACAUAUCUUCACUUUUUAAUUGUCCUUUUUCUUAUCUGAACAAUAUCUGAAGGAAAAAAGAAAGUCAUUGUACAUUUAAUACCUCACUCACACAACGAUGCAGGCUGGUUGAAGAGUUUCGAGGGGUAUUAUCAAGAGAAUACAAAAGAUAUCUUAACAAAUGUAGUUAAGGCUUUGGAAGAAUCUAAAGACUACACAUUCCAUUGGGCAGACAUUGCCUUCUUAUACAGAUGGUGGCAAGACCAAGAUAGCAGUACAAGAGAGAGUGUCAAGAAAUUAGUUGCUGACGAAAGAUUCAUUUUUAUUAAUGGAGGUUGGGUCAUUAAUGACGAAGCACUUCCUUCUUAUAAAGAAACCAUAGCACAGAUGAGGCUUGGCCUAGAUUUCCUAAAGAGAACCUUUAAUGUGAGGCCUCAUAUUGGAUGGCAAAUCGAUCCCUUUGGAAGUACAGCUCUUACUGCUUCAGUGCUCCAUAAGCUUGGAUUUAGCGCUUUUAUUGAAAACAGAAUAUCCAAUGAUUUCAAAGAUAUAUUGGAGAAGAAAGAAGGGUAUAACUUUUGAUGGCAAGGCCACCAAGUAGAUGAGUUCAAGCAAGAAGAUAGGAUUUUGGCUCAUAUUCUUCAGUUCUUCUACACUGUUCCUGAAACAAGACUAGAUCGAGGCUUUAUCGAUAUAAAUAAGAAGAGUUACAGUAGUAAAUUCUGGGACCAAAAGAUUCAAAAAGUCAUCAAUGAACUUAAAACAAUAUCUGAUGAUUCACUCAAAGAAUACCAUGUUAUGGUCCCAGCAGGAGAUGACUUUGCAUUCCAACAAGCCAGCGAAGUCUUUCAUGCUUUUGAUGAUCUGAAAAAGUAUUUGAAAAAGAAAGGUAAAUCUAAGGGAUACAACGUGGAAAUCAAAUACAGCAAUAUCUAUAAAUACUUUGAAGACUUAAAAGCAAUGGAACUCGACUUUGGAGUUUUUAAAGGUGAUUUCAUGCCAUAUCAAGAGACUUGGCCAAACUGGAACUGGAAUGACUUUUGGACAGGAUAUUACUCAACUAGACUGCAUAUGAAGAGAUGGAUAAGGCAUACAUUUAAUAAUCUUGAAAGCACUAAAGCCCUGUUAACUAUCAAAGCUCUUCAGGCCAACAAUGGGAGUGUUAAUUUUAAUUCGAACACAGAAGUAGGAAUUGAGAUGAUCAACAACAUAAUUAACGAAGCUGAACAAAGAUGGGCAAUAAUGAUGCAUCAUGAUGCUAUCACAGGGACUCAUACUAAAAUUACAGAACAGGAUUAUUAUAAUCUCCUUAAAGAGUCCAAUGAUUAUCUAUCGAGAGCAUAUAAGAUUAUCAACCAAGUUUUUGAAGUUGAAGCUGAAAGAUCUGUGCAUGAAAUUCUUUCUAAUGCAACAGAGAAGCUUGGGAGUCAAAAAUUUGACCAUUACACUGUAGUUAAUCCUACUGCUGAUGCUCGAUCAGAGGUGAUAAAUAUUACAUUGAGCUCUUCACUUGGAGAAAAAGACAUGUAUAGUGUGUUUGUUGAUACAAUCAGUCUCAACAAGACUUCUGAGUUUAAAAAUGUUCAAGGCGCUUACGCUGAUAUGCAAGAUAUGGACACCAUGAGUCACCAAACACAGACAGUCAGAAAAUUGUUUGUUCAUGUUGAGCUUCCUCCUUUUAGUGAUAUCCAUCUGUACAUAAUUCCUUGUAGCACAGAGAAAUCCCAAUGUGAAAGCAGUGGCUAUCGUUUAAGUACAAAGAUUGAACCAUCCAUUAAAGUUCAAGAUUUAACUAUCAAGAACAAUGCUAUAAAAUUAGAGAUUGGAAGUGACGGAAGGCUUAGAAGUAUUGAGAAUCUUACAAAUAACAUGAAGAGUGGUCUUACAGAGAGGUUUACAGCAUUUUCUACCAGAUCAACAAGAUCAGGAUUUUAUUUGUAUAACCCAAGGUCAGAGAGGAUCACUAUCGAUACUGGGAAUGUAAAAAUGUGGUAUUAUGAACUUCCUAAUCUGAAGUGUAUUAUACAAGUUGAACAUGAUGCGAACAAUACUAGAUUUUUGAAAACUUAUUCUAUAGAUCAUGUUGGACUCAAAGAGAAUCUAGAACAGUUCUUUCUAGAAAUACAUUGAUUUACUUCAGAGGCAAUAGAGAUCAGUUUUGGUAUCAAGAAGGAUAAGCAUUCCCACACCUCUAAAUUUAAAACUUAUGUUGAUGACUCUAUGAAGUUAGUUCAGAGACCUAUAUUUGACAAAAAUAUCAACAUUGAACAUGAGUCAGUACAUGAGUUAUACGGAUACUUUACGUCUCCUUGAGUCAACGGAGGAAUGCUUUUAGAGGCUUACCAUAAUGGGAGUAAAGAAGAACUUCAUCAGUUUUCAUGGGCAAAUUCAAACCCAAUUGGAUGUACACUUAGUCAAGAGAAUCAGAUAGAUUUUAUGGUCUUUAGAAAUAUUGAAGCGAAUGACAAUAAAGGAAUAUUUGAGCUGUAUUCAGACCCUCGCACCACUUAUACCUCCUUCAUGUUUAGACUGGAUAAAGAUGACGGGGCUUAUAAAAGAAACUUUGCAGGAAGCGUUAUCAAUUCUCCACUUUUCCUCUAUCAAGAUUUAGGAAUCAGCCUCGAUGCUUCUAGGAAACUUCCGUCUUCAGGAACUAUAUUUGAAGACAUUUUCCAUCUUUCUGAUGAGAAUCAAGGAACGUUACAUGGAGCCAUAGAUGUUGUGGAUAUCAAACUUGCUAGACACACUAUUUUGAGCACGGUUAAUGAAUAUGAAGUAGUGAUGAUCCUUAGAAAUCGCUUUAACAACUACUUAUCUCUUAACAAGACUAUCUAUCAUGAUGAAGAAGGAUUGUUUAAAAACAAGUUUAUUGACACUUUAAAGAGAUCACCACAGAGUUCUCAUAAAUUCAAGUGAGAUGACUCAAAGACAAUUUUAGAAGAUCAAAGAUAUGAAAUUGAGACUUGUGAAUACCUGCUUGAGUCUUCCAAACCAGAUCAUUUCCAUGGUCUUGCUCCUUAUGAACUUGCUGAGUUCAGACUUGUUAAGUCAGCUACGCUUGAAGCACUUGAUAUCAAACAGAAAAUUAUGGAUGGAGUUAUUUAGAAAUAUUAUCUGGGAGUUCAACCAAAA